AUGGAAUGUUUCGUACCGCUGCGUAGCGACCUUGAUGGAAGUAAUAUAGAACAGUUGCGUCAAUCACAUUUGUGCCGUGAAUUCAUUAUAUUCGACGAGCAACUGAAUCUUUGGUUGCGGUUUCAUGAUAAUUUGCAAGAAAACAAGAGGUUUGAACUGCAAGAUAUGACAAUAUCAAUAAAUGAAGCGCAAGUUACCAGGACAAGCACUAUCGAUGACUUUUUUACUAAGAUUGAGGACGAUGAAAACCUCUGGAGAUUGAAAGACGAUUGCUGUUCGAAAGUCCUUUUCAAAUCAAAUGUGGUUAUGAAUAACGGUUAUAACAACCAAAUCAAAUUUGUGUUUGAGUAUAAGUCUGUGGAUGCAAACCUUAAUAACCAGGAUUCAUUACAAGUUCCGCGGACUUGUUAUACAUUAGACAGGUACUGUAGCGAGGAGAUUUUGCCAAGCUUUGAGCCGGUUUAUUCCUGGUCUUCCACACCCAACAAUUCAUUCAAAGAGACCGGUAAUCACGUAGAGAAAAAUGCUAGGACGACUCAUCCAGCUACUUCUAAAAGUGAAACCCAAGAAACGGAAACUUCUAGAAAUCUCAAUACAUUCACUUUAAAGCUGCAGUACCCAAUAUUCUCACUUCUGAAUAUGAGGUUGAGGAACAUCUCUUUGAAAUCUGAGCAUUGCAUAUUAUCAUCGCUAGAUUUUCAGACCUCUAAAGCAUCCGAACAACUGACUAAGAAAUUUAUUUAUCCUAAAGAACACAAUUCUUUUCUUAAGUUAAAUUUUCACGAAAUAUCGUAUAAGCUAAUUGACGGAACUUCUCAAAUCAAACUUGAUCCAAUUUGUCCCCUGAAAGUGCCCAUCACUGCGUUUUCAUACGAUAGCAUUAGCGCCACUUUUAAACUAGUUCUGUUACCCAAAUCAACCCAACCACAUCGUGUAAGAAUAACCUUAGCAUACGAACUUGAGUUGCGUCAUGAUCUGAAAUUACCUGUGAGAACGUCAUGGGAAACAGAAGUGACAUUGAAACGUUCGAUGCCGAUUUCUUCGACAUCUUCUCAGUACUCGAGUACCAACAAUAAUAUCAAUCACAGUGUUUCUUUUAAUGGUGCAUCCAGCAACGUUAAUUCUGGUGGUUUGAGCAACGCAAGAUUAGGUGGGAUUUCCUCCUCAAGAUUUAGUCUUGGAGCUGCUUCCACUACAUCAUUGGUGAAUAGCAAAUUAAGCAAUGUAAAAUUUAAGUUUAUCAAUAACAAUAUAAAAGUUAUUAAGGGUGAAAAGUUUACUAUGAGGCUUCAAAUCAUUAAUUCAUCAUCAUCCCCUUUGGAUCUUGUUGUGUAUUAUAACAAUACAAUAAACCCAAUCCCUUCGGCGAAUAGCUUACGCAAUAGCAGUGGCAUAAACAACUACGGCAUGAAUAGUGGGAUUAUCCCUAAUCCACCCUUGACACUAGAAAACGAGUACCAACUGCAUAAGAAAUAUAGAAAAAUUGCGGAGGGAAUUAUACUGUUAUCCAACGAUUACAAAAUUCCAGUUGUACCUCCGAGAGAAACAUACUUCGUAGAUUUACGAUUUAUUGGUAUUAUGUCCGGAUAUUAUGGCACUCUUUCCGGACUCAAGGUAUUGGAUUUAAAUACAAACGAACUUAUAGAAGUUGGUAAUGGUGCAUCUGUGUUAAUCCAGUGA